AUGUCAGAGUUAGGUUUUUUAAAUGGUAGUGGAGUUCAAUUACCAAACUCACAACAAGAUGUAUCUAUUCAUUCAACGAGUAGUGCUGCUGAACACAAUGCUGCAUUUCAUGUCCCUAUAGUAACACCUGUAACAUCACAACCAUUAUUGGGUCCUGAUGGAGGAAUAGAUCCAAGUAAAUUAACAGCAAAAAUAGAGAAACAAAUGGGUAUAUUAAGAUUUGAAGUGAUUACAAAUGAUGGAGGAAGAAAUUCAGAGUUAUUGGUCAAUUUGAAGAAUGUCUUUUCAAAACAACUUCCCAAGAUGCCAAGAGAAUAUAUAGUGCGAUUGAUGUUUGAUCGAUUCCAUCAUUCGCUGUUGAUCAUCAAGCGUGAUGUCGUUAUUGGUGGCAUUUGCUUCCGUCCCUUUAAAGAGCAAGGGUUUAUAGAGAUUGCAUUCUGUGCCAUCACAUCGAGCGAGCAAGUCAAGGGUUACGGUUCAUUCUUGAUGACGCAUCUCAAAGAACACAACAAAAAGACUGGCAUCUUUCACUUUCUCACCUUUGCCGAUAACUUUGCCAUAGAGUAUUUCCAGAAACAAGGAUUUACACACGAGAUUACCCUACCACGCGAAAAGUGGAAAGGGUUCAUUCAAGAGUACGAUGGAGGUAGUUUGAUGGAAUGUGUCAUUCACAUCAAUGCAAACUAUCUCGAUAUUCCUUUGAUGGUCAAGGCACAAAGAGACGCUGUCGACCAAAAGAUACGACAGAUUUCAACGUCUCACAUUGUGUACCCCGGUCUGACAAGUUUCAAGCCGGGUGAACGCAAGAUUAUCCCUAUCGACUCGAUACCAGGUAUCAAGCAGUCUGGUUGGGACCAUCCAGACGCAUGGCCGUUCCAAAGACCGGUCAACGAGCAAGAAGCACCCAACUACCACUCGAUCGUCAAGGAUCCAGUCGAUUUACAGACCAUUAGUGGACGGUUGUCGUCUGGCGCCUACUAUAUCACCAAAUACAUGUUCCAAGCAGACCUAAAGAGAAUGUGCGAAAAUUGUAGAGUUUAUAAUGGAGAAGGUACUCAAUACUAUGAAAUUGCAAAUCGUCUAGAGAAAUAUAUUGUCGGACAAUCUUACGGUAAAUUUCCAAAAAUUGACAAGAAAUGUACAGUCUAUAACAAGGGAAAUAUAGUAUUCACACCCGAUGGAAACACUCUUAUCAGUCCGGUAGGCAACAGAGUCACUCUAUUCGAUCUUGUAAAUAAUUCAUCUGUCACUCUUCCCGUCGAAACAAAUAGAGAUAUCGACAUUAUUGCAAUAUCACCAACUGGAAAGAUUCUCAUUGUAUCUGAUGAAGCUGGUUUAACAUAUAUCAUUAAUUUACAGAGACAUGUUUGUCUUGGUACUGUCAAGUUUCACAAGACACCAUCUUGUAUUCAAUUCUCACCAAAUAAUAGUUUGAUUGCAUUUUCAGUUGAAAGAAGAGUAUACUUUUAUAGUUCACCAAAACUUGAAAAGGUUGUUAAACCAAUCACUCGUUUAUCUGUUAUUACCUUCCAAAGCAUAAUCAAUCAUGUUGGAUGGUCACCUUGUUCAACCAAGGUAGUUGUUUCACUCAGCGAUGGUAAUAUUGCCAUCUGCAAAAAGAAAAAGGGUAGUCAAGCCAUCUUGAGAACACAAGGUCGUGUUCCAAAGUCGGCUCACUUUAGUCAAGAUGGAAAGAAGAUUAUUGUAUUCACAAAGACUGAUACUAUGGAAUUCAAUCUCAAAGAAAUCAUCUCAAAGAAACAAAGAAAACAACAACAACAAUUAUUAAAUAAUGAAAAUGGUUUAUCAACAACAAAGAUGCAAGUUGAAGAUGAAAAAGAUGAACAAAAUGAAGAAGAGGAUGAAGACAUGCAAGAAGAUGAUGUUGAAGAUGCUCAAAGUGACGAUGAAGAAGAAGAUGAAGAGGAGGAAGAAGAAGAAGAAGAGAUGGAAAAGGAAAUGGAAGAUUCUGAAGAAGAACUUGCAUCAGAGGAUGAAGAUGAACAACAACAACAACAAGUUAAAAAGACUAGUAUUAAAAAAGAACCAGUUGUUAGACAAUUUUGGAGAAGAGGAAAGAGAGUUCCAACAGGACCAGUUAAAGCUACUGCUUUUGGAUUCCAUCCAUUCUCUGGAUUGGCAGUUGUUGGUCAAAAGGGUAAGUUCAUCCUCAUCGACACCAACAAUGAGUUAAAGAGAGCCAUGACGAUGAAUCUCUCGGGUACGUCGAUCACCUCGAUUGCCAUCAAUCCAAGUGGAGAGUGGAUCGCUAUUGGCAGUGCCGAUCUUGGCCAACUGUUUGUGUGGGAGUGGAAGUCAGAGACAUUUAUCCUCAAGCAACAAGGACACGCCUACAACAUGAACACCAUUGCUUACUCGCCCGACGGACAGAUCAUUGCCACUGGUGGCGACGACUGCAAGGUCAAGGCAUGGAACACCAACUCUGGAUUCUGCUACGUCACCUUUGCCGACCACGAAGCACCUGUAUCGGUGGUCAAGUUCUCACCCGUCUCAUCACAAAUGGUGUUGUUCUCGGCCAGUUUAGAUGGUAGUGUUAGAGCAUACGAUAUGAUCCGUUACCGUAACUUCCGUACCUUUGUGUCGCCAAACAAGACACAAUUCUCGUCGUUGGCAAUUGACUCGACCGGAGACAUUGUCGUUGCAGGUUCGGUCGACUCUUUUGAAAUCUAUGUGUGGUCAAUCAAGACUGGCAAGUUGACUGAUAUCUUGUCGGGCCAUACUUCACCCGUUUACGGCCUCUCGUUCAACCCCGUCAACAAUAUCCUCGCAUCUGCAUCGUGGGACAAGACAGUCCGUCUUUGGGACAUCUUUAACGACGCUCAAAUGCUCGAAUCGCUCGAACACACCUCUGACGUCCUCACAUGCUCAUUCAGCCCCGACGGCAAGCGAUUCGCAUCGGCAUCACUCGACGGAAACAUCCAAAUCUUUGAAACUGAAAACUGGACACAAAUCGGAUUCAUCAAUGGAAAGAAUGAGAUCAUGGGUGGCAGAAGUGCCAAGGAUGUCGUGCAAAAGAACCCAAGCGGACGUACCUUUACCAAGUUGGUAUUCACUCCCAACGGCAGCUGCUUGAUUGCUGGUGGUGACUCCAAGUACAUCUGCAUCUACCACGUCGAACAACAAAUCCUGUUGAAGCGUUACCAAACCACCUACAAUCUUUCGAUCGACGGUAUGUUGGACUACUUUAAGAGCAACAACUUGUCCGAGUUUGGGUUCCAUCUCGACACUCUUGACGGUGACUAUGCCGAGGACGAAGAGCGUCGCACCAAAUACCUCCCAGGUGCCCAAAAGGGUGACCUCUCCAAGCGCUCCACUCUCAGAAAAAUCAAAACCUAUGCCCUCGACGUCUCACCAACCGGUCGUGCCUGGUCUGCUGUCACCACCGAUGGUAUUGUCAUCUAUUCCCUCGACGAUACUCUCUUCUUUGAUCCAACCGAUCUUACUAUCGACAUCACCCCAGAAACAAUCAAACAAACUUUAUUAGAAAAACAAUAUCUUAAAUCUUUAGUUAUGAGUCUCAAAUUAAAUGAAAAGAAAUUAAUUGAAGAAGUAUAUCAAAGUAUUCCACAUGAUGAAAUUGAAUUUGUAUGCCAUGAAUUCCCAGUCUAUCAUAUCAAGAGUCUUAUUCAUUUCAUCAGUUUCAAUUAUGACAAACAACCACAUAUCGAACUUCAAAUGAGAUGGAUCCUAUGUCUAUUCUUUUACCAUGGAAAAUAUAUAAAGACAAACUAUCUUGCCAUCAUUGAACCAUUACGUAAUCUUCAAAAAUUGGCUGUCCAAAAAUAUAAUGAUUUAUCAAAGGUAUGUGAUGAAAAUCAAUACACUUUAGAGUACUUUGAGAAAUUAUCAAAUUUGAUGAAUAUUAACCAACAACAAACACAAAAACAAUCAAAUGGAAAUGGAGUUCACCAUGAUGAUGAAGAAGAAGAAGAAGAGGAACAAGAAGAAGAAGAAGUUUCCUCAUCCAACCAUCCAACUAACCUAACCACCGAAACAACUCCCCAAACAACAUUGGAACAAAGUACAUAUUGGAUGGUGACCAUGCAUACAAACAAACAAACAAACCAAGCACAACAUCAUCAAUCAAACAAUCAAUCAAAUCAUAAUAAUUCACUGUUACCCGAGUUUUUAAUCAUCAUUACUCCAUUCUUAAAUCCAUUCAUUCAUCCAUCCAUAUUAUUUAACGGCUGUUUAAGCAACGCAACUCAACAACAACAACAACAACAACAACAACAACAACAACAACAACAACAACAACAACAACGACAAAGACAACAACAUCAUCUACAACACAACGAAUAA